AUGGACGAAUCAUCAGCUCCAGGAAGAAAGGGGAACAAGGAGCGUGUAACGUUUAUGCCUUGCGCAAAUGCCGAUGGUUCGUUCAAACUUCCGCUUAUGAUGAUUGGAAAGUCAAAACGACCAAGAGCAUUGAAGAACGUCCAUGAGCUGCCCGUAUACUAUGCCUCGUCAAAAAAUGCCUGGAUGACCCGGCAGUUAUUUAAGGAUUGGUUUUUGAAGGACGCCGACGAGCUUAGAACUGCAGAUGGAGCAAUCUCUACGAUCUUCCUACCACCAAACACAACAGCCUUGUUGCAGCCAAUGGACCAAAACGUCAUCCAGAUGGUCAAGUCCAACUACAAGCAAAAGCUUUACGAUGCUAUGUUUUGGGUAGCCGAGGCUUGGGACGAGGUACCGGCUGAUUCCAUUGCCAAGUCAUGGAAAAUUCUGUACAUAGCAUCAGAAUUCGAUGAUGAAGAUGACAUCCCGUUGGCGGUUGUACGAGAACGCUUACUUUCGAUUCAGCAGAAAUUGAUGGACCAGGACAAUACCGUACACGAAGAGGACGUGGAGUUCCUGCUGCGAGAAGUCAAAGCGAUUGAAGAGCGAUCCAACGAUGGAACAGAAAAGAAUACAGUGAUAGCCCGGGAAGGAGCCGUGGUGUUCAGAUUUCUCGAAACGUACAGGAUGCCAAAAAGGUUCCGGAACUCGACAGUGCACCAACAGAACCAACCGAUACCGAAGGAGGUUCCACUGCUGAAUUUACCGUAG